GGCGCCCUCGUACGCUCUGUCCUGUUUUGAAGCGCUGCGUACUUUGCGUGUUUUACGGGAUUGACCCGUAUUUGCCAAGAAACAGAGCGCACAUUAAAGGAUAAUAAAGUUUCAAGCCCAGUGCCAUUAUCUGACGCCUCCGGUCCCUGCCCCCGGCCAUGGCAGACUUCUUGGAGAGCGAGGCCGAGGAGUCAGAGGAUGAGGAGGUUACUGGAAAACGUCCGUUGGUGGACGAUGAUGAUGAGGAAGAGGAGGAAGAAGAGGAUGAUGAUGAGAGGCUGAGAGAGGAGAUGAAGGAUCUCAUCAAUGAUGAAGAGGAAGAAGUUGAAGAAGACUCAGAUGAAGACGUAGGGGGCAAAAAGAAACGGCGGCAUCACGAUGACUUUGACGACAACCUAGAAGAUGAAGAUUACGACCUUAUAGAGGAGAACUUGGGAGUCAAAGUACAGAGGAAAAAGAAAUUCAAACGUGUAAGGAGGAUAGAGGACGAAGAGAGCGACAAUGAAGAGAGUAAGGACAGCACCAAUCGUGAUGCCAUUGCCACCGAGCUGUUCGAAGGAUCCGAUGCAGAGGCAGCCGCAGAACAAGAUGAAGAGAGAAGAGAGGGAGAAGAGGAGGAGAGGGAAGGCUCGGGUUCUGAGCUAGAGUCUGAUCCCGAUGACUUCAUUGUUGACGACGAUGGCCAGCCUAUCACGAAAAGCAAGAAGAAGAGGCACAUCAAGUACACCGACCAUGCCCUGCAGGAAGCCCAGGACAUCUUCGGUGUCGAUUUUGAUUUUGAUGAGUUCUCCAAGUAUCAAGAUGAUUAUGAUGAAGAAAUGGAAGAGGAAGAGUAUGAGGAUGAAGAGGAGGAAGGGGAAAAUCGACCACGCCCCAAGAAGACGUCACGCAAGCGCCAGACAAAGAAGAGCAUCUUCGAGGUAUACGAACCGGUGGAGUUGGAGCGAGGUCACUUCACUGACCGGGAUAACGAAAUACGGACAACAGACAUACCCGAGCGGUUCCAACUGCGGGCCGUGCCAGUGACGCCUGCACCCGAGGAGGAGAUUGCGCGCGAGGCUGAGUGGAUUUACAAGCAGGCAUUUGGGAACCCAACAAUCUCGGUGCAGUCGGCUGUCGACGAAGGUGCUAAGGGUUCUUCCGCCGCUUCCACCUUGGCAGGUCGACACCAACCUCCUGCGGGCCGCAAAAAUGUGACAGCUGUGGCCAAGAUUGCUGAGGCACUGAAGUUCAUGAGAAAUCAACUUUUCGAGGUUCCAUUCAUCGCCUUCUACCGAAAAGAGUACGUGGAGCCUGACCUCAACAUCAACGACCUCUGGACUGUCUACAAGUGGGACGAAAAGUGGUGCCAGCUACAGCAGCGCAAGAAAAACCUGCAGCAGCUGUUCCAGCGUAUGCAGGAGUUCCAGUGUGAUCAGAUACUGCAGGAGGACCUAGACAAGCCACUGCCAGAUAACGUGCGGCCCAUCGACGAGAAUGACUUCCAGAGGCUAAAGGAGGUUCAGACGCCCGAGGAACUGCGCGAUGUGUACCAGUUCUUCCUGCUGUACUAUGCACAAGACAUACCCGAGAUGCAGGAAACGAUCCGCAAGCGCAAAAGAAAAGAGGCCGAGGCCGAGAACGGUGAAAAUGACGAGAGCGCACAGGCUAAAGAAGCUGAUGAUGCGGACGAUGAGAACCAGCGGUUGAAGCAUCCUGUCCGCAAGCGCCUUUUUGACAUUUGUCGUGACAUGGGUCUUGACGGCCUUGCAAAGAAGUUUGGCUUGACGCCAGAGCAGUUUGGCGAGAAUCUCCGAGACAACUAUCAGCGGCACGAGGUGGACCAGUUUCCGGUGGAACCCCUGGUGGCUGCUACUGAUUUUGUUAGCAAACGCUUCACAACACCUGAAGAAGCUCUUAAGGCAGCACGGUACAUGGUGGCAGUGAUGAUAGCCAUGGAUCCUCUCGUACGAAGGUGCAUACGUGAGACCUUCUUCGAGAGGGCCAAGAUCAGCAUUUCACCCACGAAAAAAGGCCUGAAGGAAAUCGACGAGAACCACCCAUGCUAUCCAGUCAAGUACCUGAAAAACAAGCCUGUUCGGGACUUAAUCGGAGCACAGUUUCUCAACAUGACGCAGGCAGAAAACGAGAAGUUGCUCAAGAUCACGAUUUCCAUGGAUGGAAGCACCCAGUCUAAUCCCGGUGUUUACCUUGAUGAGAUCAAGCAGCUCUACUAUAGGGACGAGUUCAGCAACAACGUCCAGGAGUGGAAUAAUCAGCGCAGCGAGGCUCUCGGCUUUGCCCUGAGCAAAUUUCUCUACCCGAGUUUUGAGAAGGAGCUCAAGGCACAGCUGCUCGUUGAGGCGCAGGAAGGCAUCAUCAAGGCUUGCACCCGCAAACUGUACAACUGGCUAAAGGUGGCCCCCUACCAGGUGGACGCCCAAAUGGAGGAGGACGAGGACUUCGACACUCGUGAUGGCAUUCGGGUGUUUGCCAUUGCUUACGAGAACAAUUGGGAAGUUCCUGCCUUUGGUGCUCUCAUAGAUGGCACUGGUGAAGUGAUGGAGUACAUCAGGCUUCCCCAUUUGCUCAAAAGAAAAAAUGCCUGGCGGGAGAGGGAGCGUGAGCUGAAGGAACUAGAUCUCAAGGUCCUCAGGAAGUUCAUUCGCAACAAGAAGCCUCACGUAAUCUGUGUUGGAGCCCAAUCCAGAGAGGCACUUAUGGUUGUCGAGGACAUCAAAGGCGUAGUAGCUGAUCUAGCCGAGAAUGAACAGAUGCCCCUGAUCAAUGUUGAGUUGCAGGACAAUGACCUGGCAAUGGUCUACAUGAACUCAAAGAAAGCAGAGAACGAUUUCCGAGACUACCCGCUGCUGCUGCGGCAAGCCAUCUCGCUGGCCAGGCGGAUGCAGGAUCCCUUGGUUGAGUUCUCGCAGCUCUGCACGCCAGACGAAGAGAUCUUCUGUCUCAAGUACCACCCACUGCAGGACUUAGUGCCAAGGGAUGACCUCACCAAUGCGCUGAACCUGGAGUUUGUCAACCGGACCAACGAAGUCGGCGUGGAUAUCAACCUCGCCAUCACACACGUGCACACAUCCUUCCUGGUGCAGUUUGUGUGUGGCCUAGGACCUCGCAAGGGUGCCUCAUUGCUCAAGACACUAAAGCAAGCCCACCAACGCCUCGAAAGCAGAACCCAACUUGUGACAGUUUGCCAUAUGGGACCUAAAGUGUUCAUCAACUGUGCAGGCUUUAUCAAGAUCGACACAACUUCCUUCGAGAACAGUACUAAUGCCUAUGUGGAGGUGCUGGACGGCUCGCGGGUUCAUCCAGAAGCUUACGAGUGGGCUCGCAAGAUGGCUGUAGAUGCCCUGGAGUAUGACGAUGUCACCGAAGAUGUGAACCCUGCCGAAGCUCUGGAGGAAAUUCUGGAGAACCCCGAAAAGCUCAGGGACUUGGAUCUCGACGCGUUUGCGGUGGAGCUUGAACGACAGGGAUACGGCAACAAGAGCAUCACGCUGUAUGACAUUCGAGCGGAAUUGAAUCAUAGGUACAAAGACCUGCGCACUCCAUUCCGGCCCCCUAACCCCGAAGAAACGUUCAACAUGCUCACAAAAGAGACCCCACAGACCUUCUACAUUGGCAAAAUGGUGACGUGUCAGGUGGUGGGCAUUGCACGUCGAAAGCCUCACGGACAGCAGCUGGAUCAGGCCAAUCCAAUCCGAAAUGACGACACUGGCCUUUGGCAGUGCCCCUUCUGCCUCAAGAACGACUUCCCUGAGCUGAGUGAAGUGUGGAAUCACUUUGAUGCCGGCAGCUGUCCUGGACAGUCUAUGGGAGUGCGAGUGCGCCUGGACAAUGGGGUGAAUGGCUUUAUUCUGACAAAGUACAUCAGUGACAAGAAGGUGACCAAUCCUGAGGAGAGAGUACAGAUUGGCAUGAUCCUUCACUGCAGAAUAACAAAGAUCGACAUUGAGAGGUUUACAGUUGAUCUGACUUGCCGAUCUUCAGACCUUUCUGAUGUCAACAAUGAGUGGAGGCCUGCAAAAGACCUGUACUAUGACUAUGAGUCUGAAGAAAAGGACAGGAAGGUUGAUGAUGACUCUAAGAAGAAGCAGAAUCGGCAGACGUACGUGAAGCGUGUGAUAGUUCAUCCUUCGUUCCAUAAUAUCUCUUACAAGGAGGCUGAGAAGCUGCUCAGCACUAUGGAUCAAGGUGAUGUGAUCAUUCGUCCUAGCAGCAAGGGUGUUGACCACCUGACAGUGACAUGGAAGGUGUACGACGGCAUUUUGCAGCAUAUUGAUGUAAAGGAGCAGGGGAAAGAGAAUGCCUUCAGUCUAGGGUCUUCUCUGAUGAUCAACAACGAGGAGUUUGAAGACCUGGACGAAAUCAUAGCCAGGCACGUGCAGCCAAUGGCAAGCUUUGCACGUGACUUGACAACGUUUCGGUACUUCCGGGAUGCCGAAGGUGGCAAGCGAGAGGUGAUUGAGAAGCUCCUCACUGAGGAAAAGAAGCGCAAUCCUUCCAAGAUCCACUACUUUGUAUCAGCCUCGCGAGAGUUUCCUGGGAAGUUUAUGCUUUCCUACCUGCCACGAGUCAAGGUCCGCCACGAGUAUGUGACGGUGACCCCCGAGGGCUUCCGCUACCGCCAGCAGAUGUUCCACUCUGUGGGCUCCUUGUUCAGGUGGUUCAAGGAACACUUCCGGGACCCCAUCCCGGGAACGCCCAGCAGCGGCGUGACUGCAGUGCGCACACCGAUGGGCCAGUCGUCUUACAUCGGCGCCACGCCCAGCAUCAACAUUUCGAAUGUCGACCCUCAGGCUAUUCAAAGAGCAGCAGCCAACAUUUCGAGCCACAUGUUUGCCUCGUUAUCUCAAGUGGCCGGCCAGACGCCAUCAUUCCCAACACCAUACGGCGGAACAUAUGCGAAUGCGUACCCUUACCACCAGCAGCCGUACACACCUUCACAAGCGAUGGCAACCCCACUGGUGACCCCAUCGUACCACCAUGCGGUAGCCACACCAUCGGUGACACCGCGUUACCCACAGACCCCACAGACUUCGUGGGCGGCUGCCCAGCAGACCCCACGAGGUGCGCACACACCACGGCACACGCCGGCUGCAGCUGCUGCGGCUGCUCAAGCGGUCAUCCAGGCCAACCCCAUACCCACCGUUGUGUCUGGUACCAAGAGCACAGGCAACCCAUCAAUUGCCGACUGGAAGCGCAUGGCGGAGCAGUGGGCAAAACAACGCAUGGAGCAGCAAGAAGCGUCAAACCGCGCAGCCGCACGUCGUACGCCUACAACUGGCGCAUCGCCGAGCCCCAUGAUCGAAUCCACUCCAGCCGGGGAUGCCACACCGCUCAUAGACGAGCAGUAGUCAACUGCCUUCAAGCUGUUUUAUAUGCUGCUGUAACGGACUGCCUUCUUUUUUUGAUGAACUCUGGAUACUGUUUUCUCGUGACUAUUUAGGUUCUUUAUUUUUUUUUCUUUGGGAUGAUGCAUUGGGGAAUACGAUGAUGCCAGCCUCACAGCCAGGCUUGGCAGGGCCCCUUUGCAAGCUGGAUCGUAUCUAGCAACUAGGUCACCGUGGCACGCUUGGGUGCUUCUCGGAGCGAAGUGCAAGCUUGGGGAAAAACUGCAUCGUGUGAAAAUUGAGAAGUGAUUUUUACCAGCUUGCCAUGUAAAUACGUUUUUCACGCACAAAAGCAGGUAUUUAAACUGUGUAACUUUCCUUUAUCUGCAUUAUAUGCCUCAAGUGAAACUGGUACAUGAUGAAUAAAUAUGCAAUGCGAAUUCUGUA